AUGAGCAUGGCCCCAAGGAACCAUAAAAGUGACUACAAAAAAAAAAAUGAAAAUGAUGCAGGUAUAAAAAUAAAAAUUAACAAAAUUGAUAAAAAUCACAAAAAUAAUAAAAAUCACAAAAACGAUAAAAUUAAUAUAAACGAUAAAAAUGACAAAAAUGAUAAGAGUAACAAAAAUAGCUUCAAACCAAAUGGAAAAAAUGAAGAGGGAAAAAAAAAAAGAAAAGACUACAGUAAUUCGGAUACAACAAGGAGGAGAACAGGCAGACUGGAAAGUCAUGAUAUCAGUAAGAUAAAACAUGUAAGGAAGGAGACGCACAUAAACACAACUAAUAAGAAUCGACCCUCUUGUAAUGUUAUAAAGAACAAAUCUGAAAACAGUUAUAAGAAUGUAGAUGUACCUGUUAAUGUAAAAGGAAAAAUACCUAAUAAUAGUAAUCGAGAAAAGGUGCCAAAAGGAGAUAAUACAAGUUUACUAAGUAGUAAUAAAGACAUGGCAUUUCAAGGUACUAUCAAAAAUCAGAGGUCAACUAUAGCGAGAAAAGAAGAAAAUACAAAUGAAAAGGGGAAAAAAAAAGAUAAAAAAAUAGAAAAAAAAAAAGAUAAAAAAGAAAAAAAUACGUUAACAAAUGAAGGUUUAAAUGAUAAAUUGAAAUGUCAAAAAUUAAAUAAGAGGCAUAUUGAAAAAGGAAAAAAACAUGCAAAAAAUAUUAGCAAAAAAAGUGAGUUAACCAUAACUAAUACAAGGGUGAAAGGCGUAAGGAUAAACAAACUGACGAACGAAUCAAACAGAAAAAUGAAAAAAAUACAGCAAAAAAAGGGGAAAAAAUUAACACAUAUGCAAAAUGAGAAAGAAGUGGUAGAUAGUGGAGAUUUUUUGUCAUUAAGGGAAACUCAAAAGGAGAGUGGUAUGUACGAUAAGGCAGAAGUAGAAAUGACUGUGGAAGAAGAAGUGGAAACAACUGCGGAAGAAGAAGCGGAAGAAGAAGUUCAAGUAGAAGCGAAUGCAGAAUCAAAGGAUAAUGAAGAGCUGAAUGGAGGUGACGGUGGUUCCCCAUCGAAUGAAGAGAAAAAUGGCAAAGGAAAAAAAAACUAUGAUGAGGCUUUGCCAUUUUGGUGUUUUAUGCAAAAAAAGUUAAAGGUGAGAAAAGCAACACAAGAAAAUUAUUAUGGAGAUAGUAUAAAGAGGAGAAGGAAAAAGAUGAUGAAAAUGAAAAAUAAGGCAAUAAAAAAAUCAAUAGAUGAGUUAAUAAAAAACAGUACUUUGAAUAAUACAAUUAUUACCGCUAAUAAUAAAUUUAACAUAUACAAUAGUGGAAAAGGAAACGCUCUGUACUAUUUAGAAAGAAUAAAUUGUAACAAUGAAAAAUUGAAUGCAGAUAAUAAGAUAAAACUAAAUGUUGUAUCAGAAAUAAUAAACAUUAAAAAACAAAAAUUUGUAAUAGGAUCAUCAUAUAGAAAAUGUGAUUUAGUAAUAAAAGGAGAUAUAGAAAGUGAACAGUGUGAAUUGGUAUGUAGAUGUGUUGAGAAAAAUAUUAACCAUUCAAAUGAUAUAAAUAGACAAAUAAAUAAAUACAAUUUAUUUAUUAUUAAUAAGUCUGUAAGUAAUAGUACAAUAGUUAACAACACAGUUGUUGAUAUAGAACAAAUAAAAGAUGAAGAUACCAUCUUUUUAGGUAUUGAUCAUAUAGACAAAAAGAAUACCGCUAAAUAUAUUUAUAAGAUAAAAUAUAAUAAAAUGGCCAACAUUUUUAAUAUUAAUAAUUUAUGCCAAUAUAGUAAAGAUAAUUGUAUACAUGUACAAAUUAUCAAUUCAGAAAAAAGAGAAAAAGGUAGUAAAAUUAUCUCUAACAAUUUUUCCUUAAAUAAUCAAAAUGAAGAACAAGAAUCUCAGGUCUCUAUAUUAAUAUUUCUCAUAAUGAAUAAUAACCCUAAUAUGUUAAAUGAACCAAUUUAUUAUAUGAAUAAUUUAAAUUGUUUUUCAAAUUUAAAUUCUACUCCUAAAAAAAGUGUAGAAAAUGUAAAACAGGUUAAGAACUCCACAUCUGUUAAUAAAAUGAUUAAAGAAGACUCUCCUAAUACACAAUUUAAUGAAAGCAUUAAAAAAAUUAAUAAAAUUUGUCAGAGUAGAAUUUCCCCAUUAUGUGUAAAAAAUUCUAUUGAAAAGGAGAAAAAAUUGAAAGGACCAUUAAAAACUGAACAUCACUCGAAAGAACUACCAGUAACUUUAUUAAAUGCUUGUGCUGAGUUGUGUAAAGAGAUAAACAGAACUGUUACCAAGGAUAAUGAUAAACAGGCCAGUUCAUUUAAGAAGGGGAUGCCCACGCUAAGUCGUGGCACAUUGCUUAUGCCAAACAGUUGUACAUCGAUGCCACAUGAUAGCACAUCUAUGCCAAACGGUGGUACACCUAUACCAAAUUGCUACGUAGCGCCAACGAAAGCAAAUAACUUUUAUCAACAUAAUAAUAAUGAGCACAAUAUAAACACCAAUUUUCAUAGCAAUUCUGGUUCUAGCCAAAAAAAUUGUGCGUUCAGUUGUGAUAAUAAGAAAAUGUACAAUAGUCACACUGUAAUUCAUAAUAUAGCAAAAGGUGCAGGAAUAGAAGAGGAUGUCAGUAAUAUUGUGAAGGAUAGUAGAGGUAUGAAUGAUCUACUAGGGGUAAGUAAUGCACGUGAAAAGUGCUCUAACUAUAUAGAUGGUGAUCAUUGUGAUCAUCAUUUUGAACAUCAUCAUGGUCCUCUUUCCAGUUGCACAAAAAGCGCCAAAGAAGAAAACAUGUAUGAAAAAAGCCUUUUUGGUAGUACAUUACAGGUUCAUAAUAAUUCCAUAGAGGAAAAAGAAAAAACAAAUGUAAACAGUACAGAAAAGGAAAAUAUGUUCGAAAGUGCUAGUAACAAUAUUACGCAUGAACAUAAUAUUAUGUAUGAACAGUUUCUAACGAAAGACCGUAAGGACUAUACGAAUGGAAAGGAAAAACGCUCGAUCGGAGUAAAUCAUACAAAUAUGAACUGUAGUAAAAAUAUUAGUUCUCUUUCCCCAUCAACUGACUUGUAUUGUGGAAAAAAUUACCAGGAUGUAUUAUAUAAUAAGAAAUGUAACAAAGAUGAAAAUGCGAUGGAAGAUGAAAAUAAGAAGGAAGGUGAAAAUGCGAUGGAAGGUGAAAAUGCGAUGGAAGGUGAAAAUAAGAAGGAAGGUGAAAAUAAGAAGGAAGGUGAAAAUGCGAUGGAAGGUGAAAAUAAGAAGGAAGGUGAAAAUGCGAUGGAAGGUGAAAAUGCGAUGGAAGAUGAAAAUGCGAUGGAAGAUGAAAAUGCGAUGGAAGGUGAAAAUAAGAAGGAAGGUGAAAAAUAUCAAGCAAAUAUAAAUCCUAAUGACUCUUUAAUGAUGACACCAGGAAAAUAUGGUAAUUUUUCGAACAGCAAUAAUAAUCAAAUUAUGUUUUAUGACUGUAAAGAAGAAAAGAUGAUGCAUUCUGUUCCUUCUGUUAAUAGUAAUAAUAUACCCAAUGUAACGCUUAAAGCAUCUGAGUCUAGUGAAUUUUUGAAAAAUACCGAAAAAGGCCUGUACUCCUUUUUAUAUUGUAAAAACAAUGUUAAUGAUUCAAAUCAUGAUUUUACAUUAUGCUUAAAAAAUGAAAAAGGGGUAGAAAAAUAUCUAAAAGUUAUAGGAGAAAUUAAAGUAAAACGAAAUGCCAUUUUUUCGGACCUUAAACAUAAUAUAGAUUUGAAACUUUUAGAUAAAUCUAUUGAACUUACAACUUUCAAUAAAAUAAAUUAUUUGAAAUGUGAAUCCAUUUCCAACAAAAAAUAUUCCAUUCAUUUGAAUGCUUUUUCUGAUAAAUUAGAUGAAACAAAAUUUAAUGAAUUUUCUGCUUUACAUCUAGAUUAUAUUGAUAACACAAAUUUUUCAGAUUUAGAUACCACUGAAGCAUUUGAACUGAAAAAAAUGUUAUUUAUAAAAUAUGACGAAGAAUAG